AUGCCAACAAAAAUUUGCAAUGGCCAACAUCAAGCUCAAUCGCUCCUUGCUCUGCCAGUUGAACUCAUUCUAGACAUUGCCGAUCAUCUCGAUGCACCGGCUCUUCAUACUCUAGCCCAGGUUUCCAGCUUCUUGCGAUCAAACCUACUUCGACCUUCAAUGCUUUUCUCUUUUGCUCCUCGACUCCCUCACCACAAGCAAGACAUUACCAUUUCGCAUCCAUUUGCUUCCGACCAUCCAAUAAUUACAUUUACUCAAUCCCAUUCCAAAUCAAAACUCAAAUGCAUGGUAUAUGAUUCUUUUGGCGAGUCAAAAGAAAGCAAUGGCGAUCAGACAGACCAGACUGUUCGGCAGGUAUAUCAUGGACUAAGAAAGCGAGGUGAUAGGUGUUGCUUUUCUCGUAUGUCACUGCUGAUGCAACGCUCAUUGUCAUCCCUCUUACAACCAUAUUCACGUGUUGUAUCCGUGCCGUCUUCCAUCUCGACCCACGCGGUUUCCUGCAGCAAGUUUCAGGCUGUAUAUUUCGAAGUCACUGUCAUUGAUUUGAAAUGGUCUUCCAAAAACGAUAUGCAGGAUCUACCAAUGCGUAUCGGGCUAGUCGCUGCUAAAGAUAUGAUAGACCAUAACCAUCCACCUGGAUCAAUCCAUAACAGUGUUGCGUAUCGUAGCAACGAUGGAUACGUAGAUCUUGGUCAACGUCAUGGCGAACUGUUUCAAUUUGCUCCUGCUUGGGGAAAUGGGGAUACAGUCGGGUGUGGAUAUGCACGCUUGGCCUCGGAUCGCGGUACAGUGUUUUUCACUCUCAAUGGACGCUGGGUCGGAGAUGCACCAUUUCAAGUGGUUUGUGAAAAGAUUGACUAUAAGCAGAUGUGGCAUGCAGCUGUCAGCUCAGCCGGACAUGCUACUAUGGCAAUCAAUUACGGUCAGAGGCCAUUCAAGUUUCAGAUGGGUGAUGGAUCUGAAGUCCUCCAACUUGCAUCGCGCAAUCGACUUUAUCCAGACUUGAGUGAAAAAGCGAGUUUAAAAAAAGCUACCAUGAAUGAGUGGGUCAUGGAACCCAACUGCUUUGAAUCCUGUUCAAACACUACCGUGUAUGAGCCUGCUGUUGUAUCUAAUCACGGAUGCACCAUUCAGUUUGUUGAGUGUAACAACAACUUUGCUCGAUCUUGUUUGUCUGCUCUUCCUUUUGGCUACAAUCAUAACUUGGCUCUCAAAAAUGCAAAUGGUAAAAGACUCUUGUAUCAGUAUUAUGAAGUAACUGUCACAUCUGCAGGACUAGGAUAUAAUUCGUUUAUGGCUGUCGGACUUGCAACAAAGCCCUAUACACCAUUUCACCAGAUUGGAUGGAGUCCAUAUUCGAUUGGAUACCAUAGUGAUGAUGCGCGUAUCUUCAAUAAUGCCUUGCAACAUGGAGUUGUCAGUGGCAAGCCUUACAGCACAAAUAGUACGAUCGGAUGUGGAUAUUGUCCCGAAGCCGGAUUGGUGAUUUUUACGCAAAAUGGUGUCAAGUUGGCUCAGGAGGUUCGGAUUGAGCAGCAUUGCUAUUAUGCUGCCGUGAGUGCUGCACAUGCAUGGGGAGUCAUUGUUAAUUUUGGACAAUCGCCAUUUGUAUUUGCCAAUGCCAAUCAAUAUAAUUUGACUUGA